AGAGCCUGUUUUUGUUGCCAGAGGGAUUCACUGUUGUGAAAAUGGCGACGUCUCGUCGCUCGUCUCAGCAACAGAGCCUGGCGUCCCCUCCUCGAAAUACGGCGCUUUCGCCGUCUCCACCCGGUUCUCCUUCUGCGCCCGUAGGUGCUGCCGCAGCUCUCUCUACAGCCGCGGCCGCGGAGCAGACAGGCAACAGCGGUGGCACCGCAGAGCUGGAGAGUGGGGGGGACGGGGAUUGCAGCCCGGCCUCCUCCGAUCACUCCGCUCCAGCCCUCGGCAGUAGUGGCAGUAGCACCAGCAUAACCAGCGGUGGCGUUCUCAGUCCCGACUCGACCUCCGGGAGCUCUGGCACUGGCGGAACGUUCAGGGAACUUUUCGAGGCUUGCCGCAACGGAGAUGUUUCCAGGGUCAAAAGGCUUGUGGACUCUGGUAACGUGAAUGCCAAGGACAUGGCUGGCAGGAAAUCUACCCCGUUGCACUUUGCUGCAGGAUUUGGUCGGAAGGAUGUUGUGGAACACCUUUUGCAGACAGGUGCUAAUGUUCAUGCCAGAGAUGAUGGAGGACUCAUCCCUCUGCAUAAUGCCUGCUCCUUUGGUCAUGCUGAGGUAGUAAGCCUUCUUUUGUGCCAAGGAGCAGAUCCCAAUGCCAGAGACAACUGGAAUUACACACCUCUCCACGAGGCAGCAAUCAAAGGCAAAAUUGAUGUUUGCAUAGUUUUGCUGCAACAUGGAGCUGAUCCGAACAUUCGCAACACAGAUGGGAAGUCUGCUUUGGAUCUGGCUGAUCCCUCAGCAAAAGCAGUCCUUACUGGUGAAUACAAGAAAGAUGAACUCCUGGAAGCAGCAAGGAGUGGAAAUGAAGAAAAGCUCAUGGCCUUGCUGACUCCACUGAAUGUGAAUUGUCAUGCUAGCGAUGGAAGAAAGUCAACAUCACAAAAAAUGCUGUCUACACCUCUGCAUCUAGCUGCUGGAUAUAACAGAGUGAGAAUCGUUCAGCUCCUUCUGCAGCAUGGUGCUGAUGUUCAUGCUAAAGAUAAAGGUGGCCUUGUUCCUCUUCACAAUGCCUGCUCCUAUGGGCAUUAUGAAGUUACAGAGCUGUUGCUUAAGCAUGGGGCUUGUGUCAAUGCAAUGGAUCUCUGGCAGUUCACUCCCUUGCAUGAAGCAGCUUCUAAAAAUCGAGUUGAAGUCUGCUCGUUGCUUUUAAGUCAUGGUGCUGACCCAACACUGGUAAAUUGUCAUGGGAAGAGUGCAGUUGAUAUGGCUCCAACACCAGAGCUGAAAGAGAGACUAACUUAUGAAUUCAAAGGUCAUUCAUUGCUCCAAGCAGCCAGAGAAUCUGAUUUAGCAAAAGUAAAAAAGUCUCUUGCUUUGGAGAUCAUAAACUUCAAGCAUCCACAGUCUAAUGAAACUGCUCUUCAUUGUGCAGUAGCAUCUCCACAUCCUAAAAGGAAGCAGGUAGCAGAACUACUCCUCCGGAAAGGUGCUAAUGUCAAUGAAAAAAACAAGGACUUUAUGACCCCUUUACACGUUGCAGCAGAGAGAGCACACAAUGACGUAAUGGAAGUACUGCAGAAACAUGGAGCUAAAAUAAAUGCACUUGACACCAUGGGGCAGACAGCACUUCACAGAGCAGCCCUUGCAGGUCAUCUCCAGACAUGUCGCCUUUUACUUAGCUAUGGUGCAGACCCAGCCAUUAUUUCACUUCAGGGUUUCACAGCAGCACAGAUGGGAAAUGAAGCAGUUCAGCAAAUUCUCAAUGAAAACAUUCCUGUCCGGAACUCAGAUGUUGAUUACAGAUUGUUGGAAGCUGCCAAAGCUGGAGAUUUGGACACUGUAAAGCAAUUGUGCUCCCCACAAAAUGUGAACUGUCGAGAUCUUGAGGGCCGCCAUUCCACACCAUUGCAUUUUGCUGCUGGUUACAAUAGAGUUUCUGUAGUAGAAUAUCUUCUACACCAUGGAGCAGAUGUCCAUGCCAAAGACAAGGGUGGUUUGGUUCCUUUGCAUAAUGCAUGUUCAUAUGGACACUAUGAAGUGGCAGAACUCCUUGUGAGACAUGGCGCAUCAGUCAAUGUGGCUGACCUGUGGAAGUUUACUCCAUUGCAUGAAGCAGCCGCUAAAGGAAAGUAUGAAAUUUGCAAGCUGCUUCUAAAGCACGGAGCUGACCCUACAAAAAAAAAUAGAGAUGGAAACACUCCACUAGAUAUGGUGAAAGAGGGAGAUACUGACAUUCAGGAUCUGCUGAGGGGGGAUGCAGCACUUCUUGAUGCUGCUAAGAAAGGUUGCCUUGCAAGAGUACAGAAAUUGUGCAGCCCAGAGAACAUUAACUGCAGGGACACACAAGGAAGAAAUUCUACUCCAUUACACUUAGCAGCUGGUUAUAACAACCUUGAAGUGGCAGAGUAUCUUUUAGAACAUGGAGCAGAUGUUAAUGCUCAGGAUAAGGGAGGACUCAUUCCACUUCACAAUGCAGCAUCUUAUGGACAUGUGGAUAUAGCUGCACUUUUAAUAAAAUAUAAUACAUGUGUCAAUGCUACUGAUAAGUGGGCUUUCACCCCACUUCAUGAAGCGGCUCAGAAAGGAAGAACUCAGUUGUGUGCCUUGCUGUUGGCCCAUGGAGCUGAUCCAACAAUGAAAAACCAAGAGGGGCAAACUCCUUUGGACUUGGCAACUGCAGAUGACAUUAGGGCUCUCUUAAUAGAUGCAAUGCCUCCAGAAGCUCUUCCCAGCUGUUUUAAACCUCAGGCAACUGUGGUUAGUGCCUCUGUAAUUUCACCAGCCUCUACACCUUCAUGCCUUUCUGCUGCUAGUAGCAUUGACAAUUUAACAGGGCCACUGGCCGAACUUUCGGUCAGUGGAACAACUUCUGCUGCAGAUGGAGCAACAGGAACAGAGAGGAAGGAAGGAGAAAUGGCAGUGCUUGACAUGAAUAUUAGUCAGUUUCUGAAGAGCUUGGGUUUAGAGCAUCUACGGGAUAUUUUUGAGAGAGAGCAGAUAACAUUAGAUGUGCUAGCAGAUAUGGGACACGAGGAACUAAAAGAAAUAGGCAUCAAUGCAUAUGGCCAUCGACAUAAACUAAUCAAAGGUAUAGAACGGCUUUUAGGAGGCCAGCAAGGUACCAACCCUUAUCUCACUUUCCACUGUGCAAACCAAGGUACUGUUUUGAUAGACCUUGCGUCAGAUGACAAGGAGUUUCAAUCUGUGGAAGAAGAGAUGCAGAGCACUAUUCGAGAACACAGAGAUGGUGGAAAUGCUGGAGGAGUUUUUAGCAGGUAUAAUAUCCUUAAGAUUCAGAAAGUGGUGAAUAAGAAAUUAAGGGAAAGGUAUACUCACCGGCAAAAAGAAAUAGCAGAUGAAAAUCAUAAUCAUCAUAAUGAGCGCAUGCUUUUUCAUGGCUCCCCAUUCAUAAAUGCAAUUAUUCAUAAGGGCUUUGAUGAAAGACAUGCAUAUAUUGGAGGCAUGUUUGGUGCUGGUAUAUAUUUUGCUGAAAAUUCUUCAAAAAGUAAUCAGUAUGUUUAUGGAAUUGGAGGUGGAACAGGCUGUCCAACACACAAAGAUAGGUCAUGUUAUGUCUGCCACAGACAAAUGUUGUUCUGUAGAGUUACACUGGGCAAGUCUUUCCUGCAGUUCAGCGCAAUGAAGAUGGCUCAUGCCCCACCAGGGCACCAUUCUGUUAUUGGACGACCCAGUGUCAAUGGUCUAGCGUAUGCUGAGUAUGUUAUCUACAGAGGUGAACAGGCUUAUCCAGAAUACCUCAUCACAUACCAGAUCCUGAAACCAGAAAGCACUUCCCAGACUACAACGGGUGCAGAACUAAAGUCAUAGUUUUAAAAGACAGUGCUAUGGGCAGCAAACCUUUUACCUACCCUGGGAACCUUAACUUGUAACAAAAGACAAUUAAAAAGCUUAUUAAAUAUUGUGGGAAUCAACUAAUAAUCUCCAGUAUCAUUUGCAAACAAGUAUUAACAGAAGAUGCUUCACUGGUUGCCACCUCUCUAAUUCUGUUCUGAAGAAAGUUGACCUGGAUUGCCGUUAUGUAUACAGACAAACUUGGCUCAGUUUCUACCAGUACCCCUACUGAACAGCAUUUAAAUGCACAGACUUUGGCUUUUGUGGGUUUUACUUUUCUUUACUCUACUAAAACUUACAGCAUAUCUUCUAGUCACCCUUUUGCUGGCGAAGAUGUGUUUUUGUAGCAGUAGUCAUCUGAAAGUACACUACUUCAAAUCCAUAUUUUUCCUGUACUACUUUAUCUCUAUUGUGGCAUUCUAAAAGUUUGGCAGAGCAUUAACUGAGUCCCAUUUGGUCACUUUUUACCUGCUCUUCAUCCAAUUACUGAAAAAUGUUUGUUGCUUGUGGGCUGUGCUGCCUUUUAAGGCUUUUUAAAUAUGCUUUGGUUUAUUUUUAUGUAAUUGUCUAAUGUUAUCAGCCCAUGAAGUAUAUUGUUUACAUGUUUAUUAAUUUUACUUUUUUUUUUUUUUUUGCUUUUUUCAUUUUGACCAAGUAUAUAUUUUCUAUUUCAUUGUAGACAAUUUACACUGUAAAUAAUUGGACCAUUACCAUUAUUUGCCUUAUUGGGACCUUAAUGUACAGCUUAAAACUGUCCGGAAUUGUGUUUUAUUAUAAUAAAAUGAGGUUCACAUGAUGCAGUUUUUUAAUAACAUGCAUUUAAAGGAGGACAAUUCAAAGGAAAUCUCUGAAAAUGAGCCAGGGAAUCCUGCCGAAUGAUUUGCACAAUAAAGAUACCUAGUACAUUUCUCGCUGUGAUGCCAUUUACAGUACUCACCCACUGAACUUCAUUCUAUGUCUAAAAGGAUUUGCACUUUUUUUAGAGGAAAGAUUUAAGUUAUUGUAAUAAUUGAAAUAAUUUCAUUUUAUUAAAAUGUUCAUGAAUGUACAGAUUGUUUAAAUGACUAUACCCUGUAAAGCAUUUGGUGGUGUUUUUUUCCUGAUGAGUUUUUUUGUUUAUUAGUACUGUAACUUUAAUCAGUUUGGAUGGGCACCUUUAUUUUUCUCCAUUUAACAAUGAGCAGCAUAUAGAACUCUGUUACACACUUUUAUUUAGAUUUAAAGUGGUUAAAAUAAUGCUGUUUGCUUAUGAAUUAUUAUUAUUUUUUUUUUGUGUGAAUGGUGGUGCAGAAGACUAGAGGUGCAUGUCAGACCUGGUUAUUUAUAUUGAAUGUCAAGAAAUGGAAAUCUUUUUUGUUAAAUCUUUAAUUUUCAACCAGUUCCAUUUUCUAACCUUUUCUGGAUUCAUUUUCCAGACUGUUGUCAGUUUGCACUGAGAGAAACAGCUUGUAAUAGUUUUUUCCUUGCUGGUUUUUAUGGACCUUUUUUUUUUUUUUUUUGUGCUACUUAAAGGGUCAUUGUUCUGCUUUAUUUUAACAUGGCUAUAAUAGUUUUAUAAAUAAGCAAAAUCAUACUUUGAAUAUUAAUACAAAAAUAAGACCCAAUUAUAAAUGUAACACUCCUCAGCCUUGUACGCCAGUAUUGAAAUAUGUCUUAAUAAAAACUCUGUUGGCACUCCUU